GCAGUACAUGCCAAAGAAGCCGGCCAAAUAUGGUAUCAAGAUUUGGGCAGCCUGUGAUGUCAAAACAUCCUACGCAUGGAGACUGCAGGUGUACACGGGCAAAGCAGCUCCAGAUCGUGUUGAAGUCAACCAGGGGAUGAGGGUGGUCCUGGACUUGACAGAGGGGCUCCAGGGACACGUCGUCACCUGUGAUAAUUUUUUCACUUCCUGUGCACUGGCAGAUGAGCUACUCAAGAGGAAAAUGGCCCUGGUUGGCACAAUUCGCCAAAACAAGCCUGAGCUUCCACCUCAUUUGCUCCAGGCAAAAAAGAGAGAGAUCUUCUCCUCCAUCUUCGCUUUUACAAACACCCACACACUUGUGUCUUACAUCCCCCGACGGGGCAAGAAUGUGCUGCUACUAAGCACAAAACACCGCUGCCCAGACGUGAGCAAAGAAGGGAAGAGAAAGCCUGUAAUAAUCGAAGAUUACAACAAAUGCAAAGGAGGUGUCGACAACCUUGAUAUGGUUGUUGGCACCUACUCCUGCAGGAGGAGAACAAAUUACUGGCCACUGGCCCUCUUCCACAACGUCCUUGAUGUUUCACUUUACAAUGCCUACGUCCUGUGGACAUCAAUCGAGUCAUCCUGGCCGAAGCAGAAAGGACACAGACGGAGGGUCUUCAUUGAAGAAGUGGGAGAAAUGCUGGUGAACCCACACAUAGCAAAGAGAGAGCGCCUUCCUCGCUCAUCAGCCGCUGCAGCAGUAGUCACAAAUCUGACUGCAGCGGCUUCAUGGACCGCUCCCAUCAUUCAAUGUAAGAGCAGGAGGCAGUGCGAACUUUGCAAAGAAAAAAGGAGAAGAGUUGUCAACGCCUGCUGCAAAUGUGAGAAGCAUACAUGCAAGGACCACAGUGUGUCCAUUUGUAACGACUGCGCCGUCUGAGCAGGACUCUCACACCCAGACACAUACUACCUCUCUCCCUGUCUGUCUCUCUCCCCAUCCCCAACAACAUAAAUGUUCAUGUUUAUCUUUCUAAAAUAAAUGUUUUUCUAGUUCAAACUGAGCUUGUAAUUUUAUUUACGUUAGCAAGGUAAUAAACAUUUAGUGUGGAAAAAGUGAAAAACAUCAUAUACCAUUAUAGGUUAUGAUUAUUACAUUUACUGUGCCCCUGCAAAAAAAAUAAUGAUGAAUCAAAAUCAACCUUGGUGCCAAUCUAAAGGCCUAAUUAUAAUAGCAGUGAAAUCUUUCUCGAAAUGUAUUUUAUGGAAAAAAUUUUA